UUCGGUGCGUCGCGUCGUCGUGUUCUAGUUCUUCUGAGUCCGAGAACGAAUGAGUCGGUGAGACAGCAGUGGCCAGUCAGUCAAUCAACGGGCGCGUUCUCAUGUCGUAAUAGUGGAUUUACAGCAGUUGGAUGCCGCCAUCAGCCCCGCGGGAAGCAGUCCUAGCCUUGGGAGAAACGAAAUUCCAUGCGAGUGCAGCAUAAUUUUUUGAUGUGUGAUAAUAGGAUAUUGAUUUGUGCGCGACCUCCACAGCAAAUCGGUGGGGGCGUCAGUAGGUGGAUUGUGAGCGGUGUGGUGCAAAAUUUUCCCGCCUUCCGGAGUGUUUCGUCCGAUGAACUCAGUGUGAUUGCCAGCUUAUCCAAGCAGGAUUACGUGACACACGAAGAGAUUCGUGUGGCUGCAUGUUCUGAAAUUUGCAUCGCGUAAUGAAGUUAUUAGCAACUAUCGGUCAAAUGAUCAGGAGGAAGCCUCGAAGAAUGGCCUUCUUGACAGCAUUAACGUUUCUGAUUAUGGGAACCAUCGGCUACAUGGUUAACACAGUAUUCGGAGCAAUGUUCACCAAUGGCAACGAAACCUCGACGACGGGUUUGUUGUACCCCGUUGAAUCAGAAACAAGAGAGGUAAAAAAACUGGACGGAAUGUGGAAUUUUCUUCGUGCCGAUAUUGGCGACCCUGGGAAGGGAAUCCGAGAAAAGUGGUUCAACGAUGAUCUGAGUAAGAUUCGACCGACCAUAGCGAUGCCGGUGCCGAGCAGCUACAACGACGUAACGGAAGAUGCCGCCCUGCGGGAUCACGUCGGUACGGUGUGGUACGAUCGGCGAUUCUUCGUCCCGAAGUCCUGGGGCAGCCAGCGAGUGUUCGUGCGCUUCGGGUCGGUACACUACGAAGCCAUUGUGUGGAUCAACGGUCUGCAGGUUGCCAGGCAUGAGUUCGGUCAUUUACCAUUCGAAGCUGACGUCAGCAGUGUGCUCCAUUACGGGACGGAAAACCGCAUAACGGUACUGUGUGAUAAUGUUUUGCUACAAACUACGGUUCCACAGGGUAAAAUAGUGAGCCAACCGGCAGAUGGAGGUUCUGAAGUAGUGCAAACAUAUACAUUCGACUUCUUCAACUACGCCGGCAUUCAUCGGUCCGUAGCACUGUACACGGUGCCACGGGUGUUCAUCCGUGAAGUUGUGGUUAACACUGAUCUAACGGGCAACGAGGGUCAAAUCUACUAUACGGUGGAUAGCAGUGUAAACGCGACCAACGACCUUCAGGCCACGGUAAAAGUAAUUGAUAAGAAUGGAACGGUAGUAGGAGUAGAUACUGCCACCGGUGCGAGCCUGAAGGGUGUGAUUACGGUAAAGAACGUUAAACCCUGGUGGCCCUUUUUGAUGCACGAGGAACCAGGCUACAUGUACACAAUGGAGGUGACGCUAGAGGGCAAGUCUAAUGAGGCUUCCGAGCCGGUGGGUGAAAUUUAUGACGUCUAUCGGUUAAAGGUUGGUGUGAGAGUGCUGGAGUGGAAUAAUACCUCAUUUCUGAUUAAUGGACAGCCGAUUUAUUUCCGUGGAUUCGGUCGGCAUGAGGAUUCCGAUAUUCGGGGUAAAGGUCUAGAUUACGCCCUACUGACGAAAGAUUUUAAUCUGCUUAAGUGGGUCGGUGCUAACGCAUACCGGACAUCCCACUAUCCAUACUCGGAGGAGAGCAUGCAGUUUGCAGACGAGCAUGGAAUUAUGAUUAUCGAUGAGUGUCCCAGCGUAGACACGGAGAGCUAUUCUCAGAUCCUUCUGGAGAAGCACAAAUCCAGCGUGGAACAAUUGAUCCAUCGAGAUCGCAAUCAUCCCAGUGUCGUGAUGUGGUCCAUCGCGAAUGAACCUCGUACAAACCAGAUGGCAGCGGACGCAUAUUUUGAGGCUGUGGCAAAAUACACCCGGGAAUUGGAUCCCUCUCGACCAGUGACAGCUGCAAUUGCUGUUGGAGUUGAUGAUGAUAAGGCGGCCAAGCAUUUGGACAUCGUGAGCUUUAACAGGUACAAUGGAUGGUAUCAAAAUGCUGGCAAACUGAACAUGAUUACUAGUCGAGUGAUGGAUGAGGCGCGUGCAUGGAAUUCCAAGCACAAAAAACCAGUGCUGAUGUCCGAGUACGGAGCGGACACCAUGGAAGGUCUUCAUCUGCUACCUGCUUACAUCUGGUCCGAGGACUACCAAUCACAGGUAUUUAGCCGUCACUUCCGUGCCUUCGAUCGGCUUCGGCAGGAAAAAUUCUUCAUCGGGGAAUUUGUGUGGAACUUUGCCGAUUUUAAAACUGCUCAAACGUACACGCGGGUGGGUGGUAACAAGAAGGGAAUCUUUACGCGCAACCGACAACCGAAGGCUGCCGCCUAUUUGUUGCGCCAGCGAUACCAUGCGCUGGCCAAAGAACACAACAAUACCGUCGCACUACCGGAGGAUCUUUUCCUGUAUACGGCAACCGACAAUGGGCAAACAACUGCUACCAAGAGUGAACUAUGAGCGCGGAUUUUCGGCUGGAAACAGUUUGAAACGCUUUCACAGGUCAUUGAUUUUGUAAAUACGUUUUCUUACAGUAUAAUAUUAAAACAAAAGUACGAGGUUAGGACGAAGUUAGAAGAA